UUUAUUGACGCAGGAUUAGUCAAUAUAUUUGCAAAUAUAUGCGUACCGUAAUCUCCCCGUACCGGCUACCCGUGUGCUUAGCACUUCGAUGCAGCCAUUUAUCAUAGUUCGCCUAGCCGCCGUAUCAGCCUCGGUCGCGCCACCAGUCACAACACUAGCGUUUCCAAGCGGCAAACCGUGAGUUAGCAAUCCCCUUGGGUUAGUAUCUAUGCUCAGGACAGCCAUUCAUCCGUAGGAAUUUACCGAUCGCUUUUGGCCGCACUGUCAGUCAAAAUGAUUCUUUCACUUUGUGUGAUUCAUGGCAGCAGACUGUUUGUCAAGUGGAAGAUAGUUUUGAUGAAACUUUGACAUUUGAAAGAUUUUUUGAGACUGUGAUAAGAGGGGAUGUGCUUGGCGUGCCUCCAUGCAUUGAGUGGCCGCAUGUACCAGGCCACGAUCAGCAGCAGCCCUGUGAAAAGUUUGACCCCGCGGUUGAUAUUAAACUUGCAAAGGUGUUCAUGGGUAAGUCUCCCGAUGCGCUUAUCGAAUGCACUGCCGCACUACCUGUUGAGGCAUGCAAAAACUCAUUCGGGGACUUUGUGAAGUUUGUGUGCAGCGUGCAGGAGCACCCUGAUGACUGUGUCUGUCAAAACAAGCCCAAGGUUGUGAGAAAUGCGUUCGCUAUGAUGAUUCAAUCAGCGGCAAGGGGAAAACCAGAUGGACUUUGCCUCCCAAAAAGGAUAGAGACCCCAAGAAAUCAAUUGGACAAGUUAAAAAAUCAAUUGAUUGAUAUGUUUGAGGACAUGGCGCUGGGUUGGGAUACGCCAAAUCCCAGUCACAUGCACGCUGUCACGGAUUUGACUAACAUUUUGUGGAGCAUCGACGGCCACCAUGCUACACUGGAGGCGAGAACACAUAGAUUGCCUGCAAUGUUUCGGGAACUGAAAGGCUACAAUGUACCGCAGGCCAGCAAGCACAGAAAAAGAGCGGCCGAAAACCUGAAAGUCUCAACACUCCGAAAGCACGUGAAUACUCUGAAGAGUAUGUUGUCUACCACAUGGAUUGAUCGUCAAAGAUGGAAAGUAAAGAAAGCUAUUCAAGAACUGCUUUCGAUUUUGCAUGGCUAUGCCACUUACCUUGAUGAGAAAAAUGAGUCCAUGGCGGCAUACAGAUCUGGAGAACACUCCAGAAGCAUGACAGAUUCUGAAUCUAUUCAGCACCUCCGAAAAACACAGAGGAUGGAUCCGUCACUUUCAGAGGUGAAUGAAGCAGUUGGAAGGGCUGAGAUAUUCACUCCUAUUUCCAUGUCAGACUACUCGCCAGUGGACAGAAAAAAACGCUACUCCUACCUCCAACUGCUCAAACAAGGACUCGCGUGUGCAGAGUGUGUGCUGUAUAGACAUGCUGCUGGAGGAAAUGCUGGGGAUCGGUAUUUUAUAUGGAAGAUACCUGAACACUGCUCGGUGGAUGAAUUGUCCAAUGAGAAUCUUUCAAUCAUUCGCAAGUUAGAAAAAGACUCCGGGGACUGUUCUGGACCAGAACAUUUAAAUGAGGCUGACAUUGAUGAACGAGUGAAAGUUGCUAUAUCGGCUGAGGAUGAGGACAUUGUCAUGGACCUACGUCACACCAACACAAAUGCAAGUGACAGAUUUCAAGUGUUUUUUGAUGCAGUUGAAACUUACCUUGCUGACAGGACAGCAGUCCAAGAGUGA